AUGUCGCACCGCAAGUACGAAGCUCCACGGCACGGGUCGCUUGGCUUCCUUCCCCGGGGAAGAACGAAGCGUCACAGAGGACGCGUGCGCUCCUGGCCACGGGACCCUGGACCAGCUGUGCCGCCACACCUCACUGCUUUUCCGGUGGUAAAGGCGGGCUGCACACAUGUUGUGCGGCAGAUCGAUCGUCCUGGAAGCAAGGUCCACAAGAAGGAGGUCGCUGAACCUGUCACGAUUCUGGAAGCGCCCCCGAUCGUGAUCUGUGGUAUCGUUGGUUACAGCGAAACGCCCCGCGGCCUUCGAGCAAUAAGGACGGUUUUCGCAGAGCACUUGAACGAUGAAGUGAAACGCAGGUUCUACAAAAACUGGUAUCGUGCGAAGAAGAAGGCCUUCACCAAAUAUGCGCUGGCCAAAUACUCCAUGGGUGAAUACCGCAAUGAUCUAGACACCAUACGCCGACACUGCAGCGUGGUGCGCGUCAUUGCGCACACCCAGCAGCGAAAGUUCCGGUUACGCCAGAAGAAAGCACAUAUCUUGGAAAUUCAGAUCAAUGGCGGCACUAUCCCUGAAAAGGUUGAUUUUGCGGAGCGUCUGCUGGAGAAGACCGUUUCGAUCGAUGACGUAAUCUCUAACGAUGAAAUGGUCGAUACCAUUGGUGUUACGAGAGGUAAGGGUUUUGAGGGCGUAGUCACGCGCUUCGGUGUCCGUCGUCUGCCUCGGAAGACGCAUCGUGGACUUCGAAAAGUGGCAUGUAUUGGAGCGUGGCACCCGGCCCGGGUGCAGUUUACUGUUCCUAGGGCUGGCCAGAGAGGCUACCAUCAUCGAACUCAAAUGAAUCUCAAGGUUUACCGAAUCGGCAAGAAAGGUGAUGGUAAGUCAGCAACGACCGAGUAUGAUCUCACGGAAAAGGGUAUAACCCCGCUCGGUGGAUUCCCACACUACGGUGUCAUUCGUGAGGACUGGGUUAUGCUUCGCGGCGCCGUGCAAGGUCCUAAGAAGCGUCCUAUAAUCUUACGCAAAUCCCUAUUCCCGCAGAUUAGCCGUCGUGCUCAAGAAAAGAUAGAGCUCAAGUUCAUCGACACCUCGAGCAAGUGGGGCCACGGGCGUUUCCAGACUGCCGCAGAAAAAGCCCGCUACAUGGGUGUUCUCAAGCGCACGGCCAUCAGUACCUAG